AUGUUGUCACCGAAAUCAAAUAGUAUUACGCCAGUUAACACGAAUCGCCAGCAAAAUCGUCCUGGUAGCAUCGAUAGCAUUUCUGCAGGUUCGAACACGACCCCACUAUUCAGAAAUGUGUCUACCAUAUCUAAUGAGUUGAGAAUUGGAAGGCAGCCAAGUAUACCGAAUAACUCUCAUAGUAAUUAUAUAUCACCAGGCUCUUCGUCCUCUUCCCUCUCAGAUGCAAGAAACAACCGUCCUUCUUUAGGAGACUUGACAAACAGUAGUAGGAGGUACUCGUUCCCUGAGUCCAUCUCAGCUGCACCUUCACCAACAUCCGCGCUAAAUGAAAAUAUGAAUCUCCGCAAAAUGAGCAAUGAGCAGAUCAUUGACUUGUUGGAAAGAGAACAGGAUGCUAUGGUUUUGAAAUUGAUGAAAGAAAUUGAAACUUUAAAGGAAGAGAAUAAGAACUUGAAGGCCUCGUUAUCUAAUGCAUCACUGAAUAAUGCAGGUGUAAGAAGAACUGCAUCAGUUACAUCGCAUGACUUAAGUAAGCAAGUGUCAAAUUCCACCUUUUCCAAUGAACCUAAAGAUGAGUCGAAGGACAGGAAAAAAAUGAAGAGAAAGCUGUCUAAUGAAAUGCCUAGAAGAUCGGCGACUGAGUAUAGUUUGAUUGAAAAAAAUCAAUUGCUAGAAGACGAGGUUAGGACCCUAAGAAGCUUGCUUCGAAAGUAG